CCGCGCGUCGACAUCGCGUCACUCCCCGCCGCGCUCCCGAGGUCGCGACGCGAUGGCGAACACCGCAGUCCCCGACACGCCGAUGUCGGACGAGCCGCUCGAUCCCGAAAACGGGCGAGUCCAGAAAGACCCGGCGACGUUCAGGGACAUCUUCCGCUCGUUCGUGGUGCUGGGAUGGAGCGCGUUCGGCGGCCCCGCCGCGCACAUCGGCGUGUUCCAGAAAGUCUUCGUCGAGGCGAAAAACUGGAUGUCCCUCACCGUGUUCAACGAGCUGCUCUCCCUGGGUCAGUGCCUCCCGGGGCCGACGUCCACGCAGGUGUCCUUCGCGAUCGGCGUCACGCAGCAAGGCAUCCUCGGCGGGCUCCUGUCCGGGCUGCUGUUUCAGUACCCCGGUCUGUUGCUCAUGUCGCUCACGGGCGCGGGCGCCGCCGAGGCGCUCGCGAAUCCAGCGCGGUGGCUCCAAGGCUUGACCGCCGGCCUCGCCGCCGCCGGCGUCGCGCUCAUCCUCUCCGCCGCGAUCGGACUCGCGCGCGGGCAGUGCAAGGACGAGGUCACGAGACUUUUAUGCCUGAUGUCCGCCACGGUCGCGUUUUAUUACACCAGCAACUUCAUCUUCCCCCUGCUCAUCGUCGUCGGCGGGUUGACGACGUUGUACACCAAACGCAACGACGACGUCGCGUUGAAGGACACGACGGAGAAAAUCCACAAGCUCGGCGUCCCGAAACUCUUCGGCGCGAUCCUCAUCCUGACGUGGAUCACGAUCUGGGUCGUCGUGGCGUCCAUCAAGAACACGACGGAGUACUCCGACGGCCGCAGCACGAAGGUGUUGCACUGGUUCGAGGCGUUUUAUCGAACCGGGUCCAUAAUCUUCGGCGGCGGGCAAGUCGUGCUGCCGCUGCUGCUCGACGACGUCGUGCAGUACGAUCGCGUGUGCACGACGAGCGGCGGGACGUUGGUGUACGACGUCACCGACGCGUCCGUGUGCGACUCGUACACGAGCGUCGAGAGCGAGGAUUCGUGGAUCACCGCGGAUCAGUUCUUCGCCGGCCUCGGCGUCGUUCAGGCGAUGCCUGGACCGCUGUUCAACCUCUCCGCGUACAUCGGCGCGGUGGCGGCGCGCCGCGCCCACGUCAACGUCCUCGCCGGCAUCUUCGCCGCGUGGUUCGGUCUCUUCGGCCCGGGGGUGUUGCUCAUAUACGGCGUCCUGCCGUUCUGGGGCGGGUUCCGCAAGCAGCCGGUCUACCGCCGGAUGCUUCCCGGGCUGAACUCGUCCGCGGUGGGUCUGGUGGUCGCCGCGGUGUUCACGAUGGGGUUUAAGAUUCGAGAGAUUUCUCCGUUCCCCAACGCCUCCGUGUGCAUCGCGUUCCUCGCGUUUUACGCGACGCAUUUCAUGAAGAAGGACGCGCCGCUCGUCGUCCUCGCGUCCGGGGUGCUGGGGAUCAUCGCGUGGGCGACCGGGUGCUCGUGAGCGAGCGAGCGGCGAGCGGCGGCGGAGACGGAGAGAGGGAAGAGACGGAACGAGACGAAAAUCGAUCGUUCGACGACGGGAAAAAAACCUCCGGCGGGCGGAAGAGGGGACCCACUCUUCGGGGGGACCCCAGCGCGCGCGCGGCGCGCGAAUAGAACAACACGAGAGCAGAACGUGCCACGUAUUCAUGUAUUGUCUACUACACGUACCGCGCGCGCUCCUCGCGUC